AAUAUAUUGUCAACAUACCAUCCCUAGUCCACACCCAAAGCCCAACAAACAAACAUUCCAUCGAAAUCAGAGAAAAUAAUACAAAAUUCCCAUACAAAGAAUGCAAAAGUCGUCUCAUUUUGCACGCGAGGAUUCCCAGGAGCAUCUGCCCACCCACCUACACCAUCAACAGCCCACCGUGAACAUGAAGCGACGCACCCUCUCCGGCAGCUGUGGCGUUGGCGUCUUCAUCUUUGCGUUCGCCUUCAUCGCCAUUGCCUUCGCCACGCCCAGUUGGCUGGUCAGCGAUUACCGCAUUACGGGCGCCAAGCUGGAUCGCCUGGGCCUGUGGGUGCACUGCUUCCGUUCCCUGCCGGAUGUCAACGACGACAGCCAGCGACGGUUCUUUGUGGGCUGUCGCUGGGUCUAUGACCCAUUUACCACGGGCUACGACGAGAUACGUGGAUUCCUGCUGCCAGCCUUCAUGAUUGCCACACAGUUCUUCUACACACUCGCCUUCAUUGGCAUGCUGCUCAGUGCCAUUGGGGUGCUGGUGUUCUUCCUUUGCGCCGGACCCGACCAGAAGCACUUCAUCACACUGAUCCGAUCGGUGGGCUAUGUUCUGCUCGGCGCUGGCGUCUGUGCAGCCAUUGCCGUCAUUGUGUUUGCCGGCUUUGGCAAUCGGAAUGGCUGGAUGCCGGAGCAUGCCAACAACUGGUUCGGCUGGUCCUUCAUCCUGGCCUGUGUGGGCUCCGUGCUGACCCUGGUGGCGGCCACAUUAUUCCUCAGCGAAGCGCAUGUCCAGCAACGCAAGCGCCUGCAGUUCAAAGAGUCGCAGACUCGAUUCGAGCUGGUCCGCGGAUAGUUACGGCAAAAGCCACAGCAGCAGCAGCAGCAUCAAGAGAAACAACAUUCCGUCCCCACAACACAACACAAAAGUUCUACGAAGAAUUCUCACCAUAAUAAUUAUAUAUAGUUUUUUUUUAUACUUGGAAAUGUUUAUGCAAUUGCCAGACGACGACGACACGACGACGACGACGACGACAACGACUACAGACAGUCGGAGAAUACCCUAUAACCCAGCAUCACAUCAGAAGAAACUUUCAGUUUUUGGUACUUAUGAAUCAUCCAUCCAAUCCGACGACGACAAAAAAGAGUUCUAAACGAAGACUGAAUGUAUCCGAAAUCUUCUUCCUUCUGCAGUAUUUAUGCAAGACGCUCAAAAAGUGACUCAUUUAUCUAUGUAGAGUAUAUGACAAUUUGCAUAUCAAGAACUUUUUCGCUCAAUUAACACACAGACAGCCCGCCCGCCCUUUACCCCGUGCCGCCCCCGUGCCACAUACAUAGUACACUUUUUGAAAAGUCGCAGAGCUCUGGCUGAAACUAGCAACGAAAUAUUACACUCGUGCCUUAAUUAGAGAAGCUUUUUUGGUAUAGUUUAUAGUGCUUAAAAUACAUAUUACUAUUAGAUUUGACCACCUACCUGAUCAACACAGACCUGCGACGACCAAAACAUUCCAAAACCAAACCAAACCACCACCCCCCCGCCCCCCAUUUGGAUUGCAUAAACUUCUGCUAAGAAAGUGCCUUAAUUAAGGAACCAUUUACCCAGACAAAAACCACAAGAAACCUAAGCGAAAACGUCCAAUAAUUUGUAAGAAUAGAAUCCCUUUUAUACUCGAAAUAUGUAUUUUUUUUU